GAAAGUCUGAUAGCGUAUCGGAUACUGCAGGGGUUGUCUUGGCAUUUGCCUCCAACAUCAUCCUCGCUGCUAGAAACAUCGCCCUGAAGAAGAUGCAGCAUGAACCCAACUCUCACUGGUCUUUAGUUCUAAAGCCUUGGUCAUACAUCGCCUUAACCAUUGUUCUUCAAUCACUGCUUGUGUCAGGGUUGUAUGUCCUCGAGAUGAGAGGGUACAUGGCAACACAAAGCUCAACGUUGGUAGCGUUGGCGUUGGCCUCUGGAGUUUUCCAUGUGUCAUAUUCGUAUAUUUCUACAAAUAUCGUGUUAAGAGUGAUGAAUGUCGUCAGCCACUCAGUCGCCAACAUCUUCAAGAGGCUUCUCGUGGUGCUCCUGCUGUCUGCUCUAGGAACUCGAGAGCUGUCAGCGAGCAACUUCCUGGGGCUAGGUAUAGCACUGGCUGGGCUUCUUGUCUAUAUACACGGGAAGAUUGGCGAAGACCAAAAGUCGUGUGAACAAAUCAAAGAAGACACCACAUAUGAAGGUGAACAACACAAGACCUGUGUGACAUUUCUGCUACUGGUGCUUGUCUCAGUUAUAUGUCUACAUACAGCCUGCAUGAUUCAGCGCGAGAGCACAUCUUUGACGUCUUCUCCACAUCGCCACCACAAACAGGAAUAUAUCACAUUUCAUAGUUUACCUGAAGACGCUAGUCACAUUAGAGAAGCUGAAACGGACCCAGAAAUGAAGGAGUUUCUUUCUUGGCGUCUGGUGGACCAUCCGGAAGACACAGACAAGAGAUCCAAGACGCUGACGACAAACAAGGAAAUCGUAGAGGAAGCGCAGAGGAUUCUGGUUAACCUAAUGGAAGACCUAUUACGCGAAGCCAAGCACGUAAUGUUGAUAGAUAUCCCUGUCUUUGAAAACAAAGGCGACCCGGCCAUAGCUGCCGGAGAAGUUUUCCUGUUGGACAAACUCAACAAAACUAUUGUUUUCCAUUGCGAGGCCCAUUCUUGCAUUCGCAAUUUGCGGAAAGCAAUAAAAGUUAGUAAAGGAUACCCUAAAGAUGAUUUGGUGAUCCUCUUGCAAGGAGGUGGUAAUUUGGUAGGAUAUGUAUUUGAAGAUCGGAUACGAAGAAAGUACAUCGAUGCUUUUCCCGAAAGAAACUGCAUCCUUUUCUCACAAAGCAUCUGGCUACAUGGGAAGUACUCUGUAGAUUUGAAAUUUGCUCGACAAACGUAUUCCAAUCGUUCCAAUUUAGUAAUAUUCCUACGAGAUCGACAGUCUCUGGAAAUAGCUAAGAAAAACUUCAAGGCCGUUAGACUUAUUCUUGCACCGGAUCUGGCUUUCUGUAUUGGAAUGAUACUUCGACAAAUGCCACCGUUGUAUGAUAUCAUUUGGCUACGAAGAGAAGACACAGAAAGUUCAAGUUACACUUUUCCUAACAUUCCUGACAAUAUUAGUGUUAACGCGAGUGACUGGUUAAAAUGGCGGUCAAAUACAGGGAACCGAGUGGUUGAGAAUGUAUUCAUAAUAGCGUCAGAAGGAUUUCAGUUUCUACAGAGAGGUAGAAUUGUGGUCACGGAUCGUCUGCAUGGACAUAUUCUGUCUACGUUGUUGAACAUCCCACAUGUGAUCAUAGACAACCCGCCGUAUUUAAAGUUAUCCUCGUUUCACAAAACAUGGACACAGGGUCUCAGCAACACAAUCUUAGUCUCCAACGGUUCUCAGGCUUUGGACGCGGCCCUGGAGUUACUCAGACGUUACGAGAAUUCUCUUCCUUCUUUGAGCUACAGGGAAAUGUUUGCUCUUACAUGA